AUGGUUUACUUUCGCCCUUACUUUCUGUAUUUUCUCUUUCGAUCUCCUUUAGUAACAUACCAAAGCGAGGGUUUAAUACCAGUUAAUCGUGGCAUAAGGCGACAAGGCGUGUCUUACGCCCAUUUUGCAGUCCAUAAAUUUCAGUAUCUUCAAGGAUCUCCGUUAGGUUCUUCCCGAGAAGUAGAUAAAUUUAGUGAUUGUGCUCUGGUGUGUCUGAAUAACCCACCGUGCUUUUCAUUCAACUUUGGUUUGUUGUUGACAGCAAAGGGAAAGCUGGCUUGCGAACUGUUAACUGAUGACAAGUACAGAAAUGCGAGCAGAAUAUCCCCUUCACAGCAAUUUCAUCAUUACAGCAUCAAGGUAAAUAUAUUACUUUUCGCUGCGUAUACCAGGGACAUAUAACAUUGUUCCAAGUGGAGGGGGGUUGUGGGUGUUUGUUUGGGGAGGGUGACGAGUGCUGAAUUGACGUAAGGAGGCUGAAAUGAUUCUAUCUUAGUGAGUCUCUAUCUAUUUUGAAAAAAGUGGGGUGCUAACCCACCCCCGGUCCCCACCUGGUCCGCCGUCUUAGUAAACAUAUUUGCUAGAUAAAGAGUGACAAGACUUUUUUUUUUUUGCCUCGGGGACAUUUCAUGUUUAACUAGUAUCCGAGGGCUGAUGACCAUCCCUGCAAAGCCUACAUAUAAUAAUCACAAUUUCAAGGACAAAUACGAAUCGAGCCUGGUAUGCUGUUGUAAGAGUUAAAAUCUGCGAAUGUAAUCUAAAAGACGCUUUUUCUUGUUAUCGUUUCCAAAUUCGUGUACUUCUGAAUUUUGUGAGUUCAUUAUAUAAAUUAUGCAGUUUUAUAAUGGCACGUGGUUACAAGAGAAAUGUCAGUUAAUUAUCAUAUAAAUGGUAUUACUUUCACAUGGUCAAAUUGGGUUUCAAAAGUUAGGGUUUCUUUUCUGUGAUAAAGAGGCUUUCUUAGAUUAAGCAAUCCAGAUAUUUUCCACGAAAUUUCUUCGGCAUGGUAAAUCUUUAAUCGUCUGAUUGUGUACGUCGCGGAUGCGCAGGUGUUUCCAAUCUUCGAAUGUUUGGAUGAACUGAAAAAAGCUGUUGGCUUGUAUAAUAUUCAUCCCUGGGUAUUGUUAUUCAUGGCAUUAUAAUAAGGUAUGGGGAGGACCUGGGACAAGCCCAAGACAGACUCAAUUGAAUACGUGAAUAGGUAAUCUGGAACCCGACCUACUCGCUGGGGAGGGCGGGUGGGUCGCCAAUCACCUUCGUGUCGGACAAAAUGAAGUGAAUGGGACUAUGCGUGCCAGUGUUUCCUAUUAUUUAUAAAAUAACUGAGAUAGUACGCGUGAUCUGAUUGGUCAAAAGCCUAUGGUUUAUUAUACCGGUAAACCCAUAGAAAAAGGCAUCCGGACCACGAGCCAUAAACAAAACCGGCUUAUUGAUCUGAAAACAACGAUUUUAGAAAGCCGGCUGAAAAACAGAACAAGUUACUUACCCAGCCCUUCUUAGUAUUAAAAGCGUUGGUUUCCAAAUUUUAUUACUGAGCGUCACAAUUCGCUACUGCCAUAGGUUUAGAAGUUAUUAAGUAUAAAGCUGGAAAGCAGUUUACAUUUCAAGCGAUGCCAAAUCGCAGAGAAAGACAACAACUGUGUGAAUUUCUGGUGUACAACGUCUCUAGGAAAACUUAACCAUAUGCCAACCAGCAACAAAACGGACAGUUUUAGCAUUCUUGAUUUAUUUUAAGUCAAAAUUAAAUUCCUUAACGAAAGAAAUUGUUCCAAAGAGAGAUCUCUGAUCAAGAUAUGGUACAAAAUCGGCCGCUGUAGGUUGUAAACAAGCUGCCAACGAUGAUGAAAGAUGUCAGAGUUUCGGACUGGUUUUUUCCAACAUUUGAACAAAUUAUUCGGUGAUAUCGAUGCCAUAACCUACCUCAAACCACCUGACUUCACAAAUCGACAAAUAUUAACGCCAAUAUGUGGCUACGGCAAAGAAACCUUUCUCCACCACUGACAUAUUUCCAUCGGUGACUGUACGUGCAUAUAAAGUUACAUGCGACUACUUCGCAAAUGUAGCCACGUCGUUACCGCAGCGUUUCUUGAUCAUGAUAAAGCCCAGAAAACAGAUCUUAAACCACUGCGGCUUGUAAAAAGUGAAUGAAGUCCUCCAUUACAAUAGCUGCCAGUUCCGUCUAUGAGCACGAAAUUCUUACGGAUCGACUCAACAAAAUACAUGGCAUGUCCCCUUGGUGUCCGUAUUAACCGGGUUCCACUGUAUCAUUAAUUAAUCCCCAGGGAUGAUAUUUACAAUUCAGAUGGAACGUGAAUAGAUAGCCCAUGUACCGCUCGGAUAACAUUUGUAUUUGCAGACAAAGAAUUUCUGAUAAAUUAGAGGUGGUUUGGCCUUUGUAAUUUUGAUCUCAUCGGAAAUGUCUUUACUUGUUAACGCUGGUCUCAGAUCACCGUUUUUUUUCUUUCCAAGCUUUGGUUCGGAAAGCUGUAUUCGUUUGUAACGUCAGCUUUUCUUUAAUCUUUGAACAGAACAAUGAUAAGAACGGUUGCAUUUUUUAAUCGACACAAACUUCUUUUUGAUAUUGGGACUAAGGAUAUUUGAGUAGGGCAUGUGGCGGGAAUCGUUUCUUAUCUGGCAUUUGCACUUGCGUCGCAGACAGUCUUGAGUUCUCUAUCUAGGUAACAAGUCUGUUUGCAAUGAAAGCUAGUACUUACAUGGCUUUCAUAAUGGAGAAGGGCUGGGACAUUCACCGCCUUCUUGGUGAUCCGUCCGACAUUUUCUCUUUUUUUCGACGGAGAAUUAAAGGCCAUUCCAUAAUUGGGCUGGGUCACAGGCAGCCCAAUAUCGUUCUCGUUGAAUUGCAGCCUCUAAAGCUCUUCAACAAGCAGGUUACACAUGCCGACAGCUUUUUCAACGCAAUGAUGAACAUGAGCAUUUGGCGAAUGGCAAACACCUGCCCACGAAAAAGGGAUAAGCUAAAAGUCUUUAAAUUGUAAGAGUGAAAAUAAAUAUAUAGUUUGAAUAAAAAUUACAGCCUACAUUUGUAGAAAAAGGGAAGGAUGAACUUAUUAUUACUUCGAAAUAACUUAGUCGCGGAGUCGCUGCCAUGGUGUCUGCGGUAUAGGAACUUCCUUAUUCGUUGAGUGUGGCGAUCACUUGCAAAAUUAUUUUUUUCGCAAUGGUUCGACCUGAUAUGACUGAACAAUUCUCCCAAGAAAACGACAUUCCAAAACACAGAUAGAUAAAAUAGAAAAAUUUACAAUAUAUCAAUACUUAGCCUGCGUAGCUGGCGGUAUUGUGUGGGUGCGAGAUUAAAGUUUUGGCGGCGGAGCUGUGUUCCAAAAUAAGGGAGUAGGGUCGACUAUAUUACAACGGCUCCACCGCCAAAUCUCACUCGACUAGUACACAAUACCGCCAGCUACGCAGGCUAAUCAGUAUCAAAAAUUCAUGAAUAUAAUAUAUGAAAGCAUUACAACCGAAUCAUUUAAUUCUACUUCAGGCACGAUGACAAAAUAAAAGUGUUCUUAAAACGGUCCGUCUUCCACUUUAGAAAUGGAAGUGUCGGUGACUUAAUUGAUGUUAUUACUACUGCUAAAUAAUAACUCAGGCUUGUCUACCUACGCUGGUUUUGAUUUGACCAUCAGAAUAGUAAACAGGAGUUUUUGAGAUUUUUAUAAACGUUUGUGUUAACCUAUGAAUUGGCAUUUUUUUUGUAGACUCCGUGUUCAAGUAACCCAUGCAAAAACUCAGGAAUUUGUUUCCCAAAUUAUGAAGAGCAUAAUUACCGUUGUAUCUGCGCCCCAGGAUAUAGAGACCCUUAUUGCACGACAGGUUUGUAAAACAGCAGAAUAUUUUACUUAGAUUUGAUAAUAAGCUUAAAUUCUAUAAAAGGCGCUCUCAAUGAUACAGUACCAUUCCAUGCCAUAACUUAACUGUAACUUUUUUCAGUUUUCCAUUACGAAUGAGGAGGAUUUCCCGACUUUAAACAUCCCGUAUUUAUAAGUGGCAGUUCCCAAAAACUUUGUCUAUGAUUAGAAGCUAAGACCCAGCUUGGUAAGAUCUCCCCUUAAUGCCGCUAUGGCGUCCAUAGAAGCAGAUUCCUUACGAGAAGUCUCACUUACGCCUUCACGCAAAAUCGUACAAAUUCUACUACCUGCGCUUUUUCAGUAGCCAAUAACAGGUUUCAAAACUUUAAUGAACAUAUAAGGCGCAGAGAGAUUUUCCUUGGUUUUAGAUUGUUUUAUCUUUCUACUUGAUGAUGAGGUCUGGGCGGCAUCGAAACUUUAAACUCUUUUCGCUGAUUUUUAUUCUUAAGUGUUUAAUAAAAUGUAGUUUGAUUCCCAGAUACUACUAUUGAAACCUGAGGUUAAAUCGAUGGCUCUCAAAAAUGUCUUUGUGGUGAUAAGCCCUUGUGAUACAGAGAUGACGACUGUCAGCUGUACUUAUAGAACCGUGAAAACACUGAUUUGCUGCUACCGCGGCAAAUAACAGUGUUUGAAACUUGCUUUUGUUCCUGUUUAGCUUGCUUGGCUCCCCUGGGAAUGGAAAACGGUACAAUAACAUCAGCACAGCUGAACGCGUCAUCUCAGUUUAGUUGGUACAAUUCUAUUGACCGCGCGAGGUUGAACAUUCAGGCGAACGUUAACGGCAGUGGAGCAUGGUCAGUGGGACAGAAUAACCAAAAUCAGUGGAUACAGGUUGACCUGCGAAUCAAGACACGCAUCACGUACGUAGCAACUCAAGGAAGGGCGGACGAUAUCCAGGAUCCUCACGAUGUGCAAUGGGUAAAGAAAUAUCGAUUGCAAUUCGGUGACGAUGGAAGUUCAUUCGAGGGUUUCAAGCAAGAGGGUGAAAGCGUCGACAAGGUAGGAUUAAGAUGUGACAAGAGAGGAAAGAGGGUAAGAGGGAAAGGUUCUUUAACCAGAAACAACUAACUCUUUUUCUCUUUUUUAUUCAGGUGUUUCUCGGCAACACUGACCAAGAGACAGUCGUGAAAAAUGUUCUUAUUCCACCUAUAAAAGCACGAUACUUCAGGUUAAUACCAACUGAGUGGCAGCAUACGAUAUCCUUGAGGAUGGAGUUGUAUGGUUGUUUAGGUACAGUACUCUUUCAUGUCUUGGGGAAAGGCGCGUGUAUGACGUAGAAGGCAUAUGAGGCAGCCAUGGAAGGAGCCUAAGGAGGCAGUAUCAUAAUUAUCCCAUGUUUUCGUAUGAACUACAUUCUAAUUAUGAGGAUUCAAGGAAAAAAAACUUUAACCCAUUGACGGCCGUGCUGGCCAAAACUGGCCGUAAAAGACUACCUACUUUAAAACAUUGCAACUUUCUGUCAGUUGUGAGCAUUGAGUAAAAAGUCCUUCAAAUCGGGGUUUCCAAUUAUCCCCCAAAAAAGCCGGCGGUUUUUGCAAAAUAUUACCUUUUGAAUUUGGACAAAAAAAAAUGACCGUUUUUAACGUCAUAGAAAAACGACAAAGAUCACGUUUUAUUGCCUUCAGGUUUUUUACAGAAAUCAUCAUUGCAAAACCAAAAGUCAACAUUCACCCUAAAAUUCAGUCGUUGUUCUUGCUUAGAAGUGACUUUUUUGUUCUUUUUCGUUUCCCGGGACGCGUCACAGCUUUUUGUUCUAGUGCAUCCUGGUCUUGUCUCGAUUUUCAACAUCACUGCUACAUUGCAUGCUAGGAAAUAGCCAGAAUUUUUGACAGCGUUCGUUCCUGCUCCAGCUCUUUUCCCAUUUAUACCAAGUCCACAGCCACUCCAACCUACCACGGAAAUUCUCAGUGCAUGGUCAUGAAUUCCAAAAUAUGCCCUGGUAGGUCAAGAAAUUCGUCAGUAGUCGAGUCCCAAAGGUACUUCGUAUCGGCGCGGCCAUUUUUCCAGUUCCUCAAGCAACAAGCUAAAUUCACAAUAGCAGAACAUCACCUUACUCGCUUCUUUGAGAAAGUGGACUCUCAGCUCAUGCGGCAGCCAAUAGGAUGAACAAUGGCUGUAAACUUACCAAAAAUCGCAUACAAACCAAACUGCAGCCGUUAUUAUAGCUCAACUUUGUCAGAAUAACGUUUCUAGAACACAUGAGCCUUCAGUGCUUCAGAAAUGGUAACCCCAAAUACGGGGUCACGAAAUCCUAUGGAUUGUUUGUAUGUAGAAAAUCACUCGAAAACGUAAAAAGUGCUAGGCGUCACGUCAAUGGGUUAAUAAAUUCUCCAAGGAGUGACCAAACGACAAUCAAAGAUUCUUGAGCAAAAAUUUUCCCAGAUAACACUGAAAACCUUUGAAAGCCCGACUUGAAAUCUUCGACCCAGGGUUUUCAAGUUUUGUUCCACCUUUUUGCCCAGUCGAUGUUAUGGCUUGGAACUUUUAGCAGGCUCUACAUCUGGGUGAUACUACCCUUUUUAGGAUAACUUCUCAUUUUGGUACCUACUACGCAUGCGUUCUGCGCGGACUCGGGAUUUUAAAAGAAUUGUUACACCAGGUAAUGUGUCAUGCAACUUUUGCGAGAGUUUUUCAAUAUAAUAUCCCUGGAAUGAAUGAAUAGCUGCAAAAAGCAGAGCUUCAAUCUUUGUGUAAAGGUUGCUGCAACAAAAGUUUUGCGAGGCAUGAUCGGAAGGUGUUACCACUGGCAAUAUUUCGCGCAAAGAGCGUCGGUAAAAGCCUACACAAGCGGUAUUUUUAGGGGAGCCUCCAUAAAUUGGAAACCUGUCAAUGCGAAAAAAAUUAGUUAAUGACGUCAGCACAGGCCUACCCGUACGUCGUCCGUACGUAGAGACUAUCAGGGAGGGACUAAGUAACAAGAGUUUGUGUUUGUCUUGGCCAAUUUUUUAAAACCUGUUCGUUUAGAGGCAGCCAAUGGAGUUGUUCCACUGAAACUGUUUGAGCCAAAUAUUUAAACGAAGUCUAAUUUUGGUGGGCUGUUUUAAGAUAAAUGCUUUUCUAGUCCUCUCUAUAUGCUUUCAUAAAAUUAAACUGUUCACAAUAAAUGAUGUUUAGAUAAAAUCGUUGGGCAAAUUGUACAUGACUUAGAACGCGGUUUUGUUAAACACUGGCUAAACUACGUUUAAAUAUUUGGCCCUUUAGUUUCUUUUGUUUGACUUACGACAAAAACCUUUAAAAGGUAUAUUUUGAAGGCUUUGCUUUUAGCUUGGUCACGCUUUUCGUAACGCUCCAGGAACCAAUCUAGUCUCAGAUUGACAGGUGCAUUUGCGUAAAAAAUUACAAUGCAUGUGCAGCAUCUUGAUGAGUUUGUUUAUCGACAACUGAAACUUUGUGUUCUUUUAAUGUUGCCAUAACAUGAAAUACAGUUGCUAAUCAAGAUUCUGGUUUGAUGCUUUGUUUAGUUAUUUGUAGUUGAGGAAAGCGUUGCAUAAAUUCAAUGCGAAUCAAUAACAGAUGGCUGCGUUUUUGAAAGUUCACGCAGGCUUUCUCAGUAAAGGCAAUGCACAAUACCCAAACACGUACCGCACAGUUUAUGUAGGUUGUAGUAGAGAAAAAUGUUAAAUGAGUGAUUUGCAAAAAUUUUCUAUCAGAUGAUUUGUGAGGUAUAAAUGUAAAGGCUAAUUUACACAUGACUGUUCGUUCGGGCGCAAAACAAAAACACAUAACAAGCUUACGAUGAACACAAAAGUCGGCCUGAUUUUGCUUUUAGAACUUCCCUUAACACAGAAAUUUUGACCCUAUAAGAAACUGUAACCCGCAAAUUGCUACUACCGAAGGGCUACAGAAACAGCAAAUUUAAUGGCUGACCUAGAAUUUCGCAAAAGGGUGUUGUGGGCGAUUCGGUGAUUUAGUUUGGAAGAAUUCUACAACAGUAAUCGAAGCUGGUGCAUAAUUAUCACUUUUUGCUUUAAACACGCGUCUUUUAAGCUUUUGCUGGGUGAGUUUUUUUUAAAUUUUUAUUUCAGAUGUGUUUGCGGGACGAAACAUCAAAUUGACUGGGACUCUGCGACUUGUAUAACGUAUUCUCCAGACUACUAUCAACGUCUUACUUUAGAAAGCUCGUUUACUAACUUAGAAAAAACGCCACUGAAUCGUAGCCAACAGUUACCAGCGCCGUACAAACGACUUAUUGACGAGAUCAAGCAAAACUAACUACGAGAGAACAACUGGAGAACUGACAAUUUGACUAAGAAUAAACGACUGUUUAACUGUGAUAAUAGACGGAUCAAAACGCACCAAUCACUGAUUACGAGUCUUCAUGGCCAAUAACAUCACGGCUUAACUGACAGACGACCUAUAACAUCGCGGCAUAAUUGACCAAUCAGAUCAAUAACCAGAGUAUAAUACCAUCAACUGACGUGAUACAACUCACUUUGACUCUGAAGAUGACUACCGCACAGGUUGUCGAAACGUCAGUCACUGUCAACAACAACAGUCCUAUUCAGGACUACGUUUACCCGGACGAUCAAACUCAACCUUUUGAUAAUAUUCCUUAAUAGAGACUAUUGGGGGUCUCGUUUAUUGCGAACUGCAAACGUCAGAUUCAAGUUAAGGAUUUCUCAGAAUAGAUAUAAGUAUAUAAAAAGAGGCUUCGCCUCUAGCCCUGGCUGAAUCUAUAUAUUAUUGUAUAUGUACACAUCCAACUCCGUAAGUGGGGCAUAACCGUUGAACAGGUCUAAUUUUGUUAUUCGUGUAUUGAAAUCGUGUCAGUUUAACUAAAGUUUGCGGGGUUUUGGGAUUGUUCUUCCAUACACUCUUAAGAAUUGAAACAUUCUGUCGAUCAUGAUGCGUGCGUGUUUUUCAUAUACAGAAGAGAUCCAAGCCCUUGGAAUGGAGAGCGGCGCUUUUGCUGACUCACAGGUAACAGCGUCUUCAGAAUAUGAUGCUUACCAUUCAACGAAACGAUCGAGAUUACAUACAAAGGAAAUAUCACCGCUGGAGAGAGGUGCGUGGUUGAGUUCGACGAACGAUGCAGACCAGUGGCUUCAGAUAGAUGUUGGUAAAGUCAUAAAUGUGACACACAUAGCUACACAGGGGCGAAAUACCUACUCCCCUUUUCAAUAUGUAACAAAGUACAAGUUGCAAUAUAGCAACGAUGGACAGACGUUCCAGUUUUACAAGAGAGAGGGACAGUCUUCAGAUGAGGUAAGAAAAUUCUGUUUUACUUCAUGAAGUUGAAGUGGUAAUUAGAACAGUUUUUAAAGCCUGUGAGGAGAAGAUACUUGCUUAUCUUUUCAAGUCCCAAUAGUUGCAACAUCAAUUUUCUCUUAACAAUUUCGAUACAUGAUCAAGAGAAAGGUUAUGAGAGACCAAAAAAUGAUCAUUAAAAGGAAAAUGCUUUGAUCUCAUAUAAAUCUUGAAACAAUUUUAUAAUGAAAUAAAAGUAGAUCAGACUGGAUAUUUUUACGUGGGUAUUCGCGGCGCCACAAGGAUGUGGUUUUUACUCCUUUUGUUUAAACUGGGUGAGGGUUUGACAUUUUGGGUCUAUAGGUUAUAGUUAAGGUAUUUUGUGAACUGAAACCAGGGUCAGGAAUUUGGUAUGUUUUAAUAUCACAAGUCUUUUUUGAACAAGGAUUUAACUCAGCAUUAGGGUUGCAACAAUCACAUAAGUUGGUCUGAACCAGAGCACCGUUUUUGUAAAACUCGCACCACAGGAUACGUCGAACCUUAAGUAAGUCGAAAAUUGCGCGAACCCAAAUCAAAAUUGAUAUUCCCUGGACGUUUCCCAUAGUUUUGCUGAAAUAUACCCUCGAUACGGUCUAACCCUCGUCAAGUGUAAGUUUUCGCUAACACGGAUUUUUUCCCCUUUAGGUCAUUAAACCCGACCUCCCUUGCGAAGUAACUGAGCCAAAGAUCCAAAGUACCGAACACCAAUGCCUUGGUCUUUCACUUACCAAAUUUUCGAUGUUUGCACUCUUUCUUCGUAAGAAUCCCGACUUUACAUCGUUUGAGCAUGAAUCAAAUAUAAUACAUAACUGUCACUGAAAAAAUUAUCAUUUGAUCCAUCUCCACUUAACGAACUCCCCAUAUUUCGAACCAUUUCCCCUAAUGGUUAGUAUUAUUGAGAGUCAAAAUAUACACUCAUUUUGACCAUUGCGCCGUUCUUUAGGUUUUUAUUGGUAACUUUGACCGGGACACCAUCGUUUAUCAGCAUCUCAGUCCAGUGAUCACAGCUCGAUACUUGCGAAUAAGGCCAACGGAGUGGGUGAAUCACAUAGCAAUGAGGAUAGAGCUCUACACUUAUCAAGGUAUUAUAUCUACUAGUAAUAACCCAAGAUAA